GUUUGGCAUCCGCUGUGAGUGGUGAGCCAAUGAGCUUCAUACGCUUGAGCACUGCAUGGCGGCGCGUCGGAAGCCAGCGCGGCGCCAGUGGGGCCGGGGCUCGGGCCCGGGCCGCCGUGUUGGUGGACGGGCGCCGCAGCCUGGAGUUGGUCCAGGCGGAGCUGCGGCAGAAGCUGCUGCUGGGCGCCGUGGACGUCUGGGCGGCUGGGCGCCAGGGCGCCGCCCUGGCGCUGCGCGCGGCGGCGGGGGAGCGGCGCUUCGUGCUGCGCCAGGCGCAGGCGGCGGAGCUGGAGGCUGCGGGCCUCGAGCAGCGGGGCGAGGGCGACGUGAAGCCGGAGACCGGCGACCGCUUGGCCUUCCGGCUGCACUUUGACGGGAGCCCGGCAGCUUCCGUGCCCGAGCCACGGAAGGUGUUCCAAGUGGGGCAGAGCAGCAACUUGGAUUUCAUCCCGCUGGCCAAAGCCAUCGCCACGGAGCUGCGGUGGCUGCCGAGCGGAGAAGUCUUGGCGGUGGAGAGCCUCAUGCUUGGAAAGGCCAAGAAUAUGUGGACCAGAUGCUUCAGCCUGGCCAAGGCGGUAGCCCAGGUCUACGAAUGGCAAAUCAAGCCAGAGGUCGCCCAUACGGCAGUGCGGCCCUUUAGCUGCAUGUCGCUGGAGCGCCAGCUGAGAGACUUCAAGGUGCAUGGAGAGCAGCAGCAAGCGCCCAGGGCGCUGCGACUGGUUCUAUUCCCAGAAGGCGACCCUCCACCAAGGCCAGAUGGCAGCCCAGGCCUGCGAGUGGCCCAAAAAGUAGCAAGUUGCGCCCAGCCCCUUGUGUUCUUGAAGCAUUUCCAUGGUUUGCAGGUUUGAUUUCAGAUUCCCAGGUUUCUUACUUGUGCU